AUGGAGGGUCGUGUAAAGAGCUCUGGAAAUUCUGAAAAUCAGAAUCACACGUUAAAGGUUGGAGGUUUGUCGAAUCUUAUAACCACAAUGAAACAUUCCGCGAUAUCGGACGAUAAACUAGAGAGCAUGGGCAUUACCACUGAGGAAUACUUCCUUAUGGACAGAAAAGUGAAACAGGUUAAUUGCGCUGCCAUUUUCGAUGGUGACAAAAAUGAAACUGCGCUGGCAGAAGGCCUGGCUUCUACAGGAAAUCGGACCUUCUUACAACCAGAUGAUUACAUGAACAUGACUUCAAAUUGUUUAAAGUUUAUUCUGGAUAGAGGAUACGUUACUGAUCCAUUUGACAAACUGGAAAAUGAAUUUCCAAUUGCAUAUAGUAUACUCAUGUUUACUGCAAUAGAACAGGCCGAAAGAUUACUUCGUGCAAUAUAUCGUCCGCAAAACUUUUACUGCUUCCAUAUAGACGCCAAAACUGGCAAUGACCUGUACGAAGCGAUGUUGCAUGUGGCAGCGUGCUUUAACAAUGUUCACGUGCUGGAAAAACGCGUGGAUGUGCAAUGGGGCCAAAUGUCUGUCCUGAGGCCAGAACUACUUUGUAUGGAGCACCUUUGGAACAGAAGCGCCAAAUGGAAAUAUUUUAUUAAUCUGACCGGUCAGGAGUUUCCGCUCAAAACCAACUAUGAAUUAGUUCGUAUUCUGCAGGCAUACAAUGGUUCAAACGACAUCGAAGGAACAAUUAAAAGAGCUAAUAUUAACCGCUGGACCAAAGCGGGACCUCCACCACAUGGCGUUGUUCCAACGAAGGGUGCCGUUCACAUAAUUGCAAGUCGGGGCUAUGUGGAUUUUGUGCUUCACGACCCCAUUGCCGCUGACGUAUUAAACUGGACGCAAAAGACGUCACAUCCUGACGAGACUUUCUUCUCGACGCUCAAUCAUAAUCCGUCUUUUGGAGUACCUGGAUCGUACAAAGGCACACCGGAAACAGACGAAAUUGUGAAGCCAUUCUUAGCCCGCUACAAAAACUGGGCAUGGAGCGGACUGAAAUGCCACGGGAAGCAGGUGCAUUCCAUCUGCAUUCAUGGCGUACGCGACCUCCAGCCCAUGAAAGACAUAAAGCAACUGUUCGUAAACAAAUUUCACCAGGGGUUUCAACCCCUCGCAUACGAUUGCCUCGAGGAGCUGCUCUUCAACAGAACCAGGGACGGACACCUUGGACUAAGCAUCUUCGAUCCAACCUUUUAUGCUAGCCUUGGUUUUGUGAAGAAUAGAGUUGGACCCUGAAGCCGGCUAUACUAACGUUUUUAUUGAAAAAAUCGAUCACAUAUCAUAGAGAUAAGAUAAUCUCAAGUUGGUUAUGAUAAACCUAAUAACAUUAGCUAAUAGCUAUUGUCCAACAUAACAUUAAUCAUCCAGCAACAAGCAAACAAAUAGUCUAAAAUCGAAAUAAAUGACUUUAUACAUGUCAUUUUGAC